AUGGCUCGUCUGCACCCGACAAACUCGGAGAAGACCAUCCGCAAAAUUGACAUAGCCCAGGUAUCUCUCAGCCUCCAGGAUCGGUUAGGCCUUGCCAAAGUGAAAUAUCAAAAUGAUCGUCUGCAUGUCCUCGAGCAACCAUAUCAGAAUGGAGGUCGACAUAUCUCCCUCGGAAGCGACAAACCGUCCGACUCCUCAUCUGAGAUAUCUCACUGUCGUUGCGAGACCCCGAUGACCUCCCCUCCCCUACGAACCGCAACCUAUUCGAAGGAACUGCCCAGGUCGGCCCGGAACAGACAUGCGGCAACCUUCAAUUCCCGGGUCAUGCAACCCAUGCUGUCUGCCAGUCGAAAACGCGUACGGUCCGACUCCAUCACAGAUCUUCCCGCCAAGGCACCUCGGGUCUCAUGGAAAAGCUCAUACAACCUGCCUGCUUCUUCACCGGGGUUCCGCCAUCCUACUCAUCGGCACCGGCCUCUGCCGCUCGUGGCUGAGACAAUCCCUGAGUUCUCGUCGCCGGCACACCAUCCCCAGUCAGACGACGACAAUGAUCCAGAUCUACCCGUGCACAGUUUCCAGAAUACCAGCUCGAUGGUUGGCUCCUCACCUCCCCGGACGCCGCCACCGAAACAUGCUCGUCUGACGCGCAAUGAUCCUACCCUGCGCCAUGAGGACGGUGCCGAUUUGCUUCUGUACCUGGCAAACUCGCCCACCCCGGCCAGUAUCGCCGGCAAGACUCAAAAUCGAGAAUUUCCACCCUCCACUCCACCGACUCAGCAUGCUGUCUUGCCAUCAUUGACUCCGACGCCUGGGGCUGCUGGGGUCUUUCCCAAUUUUGGCACUCCAAGCCAGCACUUCAAUUUCGCCGACUUUGUGAACGUCACUCCUAGUCCAGCGCAACCUGCGCGAGGCGGCCGCACCCCGGGAAAUCCUAUGAGGACUCCUCUGGCCAACCGAGACGGGAGAAAACGGCCCAAUUUCGAUAACUUAUUACCGCCAAGCGCAGAGAGUCCGAAAAACCGACCGAAAGAGCUUGGCCUUGCUCUUCAGUUGGGCGGAGAGUUGCGACCGUAG